ACAAAGUCUUGUCUCGGCUCGACUCUCACCCUCUCCCGGAACCCAUCUCGCCCCUCACAGCGCUGCAAGCAGAGCGGUGCAUCCAUCGACCCGCGAACUACGCCGAGUCGACAACCACCACCUCGCCACGACGAUCCCCAUCGCGCCUCCACCCCCUCCACCACCUUCCAACUUUUGACACCACAGCCGCUCACUGGCCCGGCUGAUGGACAACAACCACUUCCGCCCCAAGACGCCAAACGGGACGUAUCGCCGCCACACGCCGACGCCAAAGGACAGCAGCAGCCCAGACGGAGACAUGGCCUCGGCGAGCAGCAACGCGUACGGGAACGCGCGCGCGGGACGCGAGGCGCGCCGCGCCGCAGUAGAAGAGUACGCCGCCGCCGCCGACGACUCGGACGGAGGCAUCCCCACCCUGAGCGCGGGGUACAUGUACUCUACGACGCUGCGGCGCGAGCGCCGCCGCUCGCGCAGCACGACGAGGGGCCAGCUCGACCUCGCCAACCCGUACGAGAGCCCGACGGCGCUCCACGGCCCGCGGGACGGCGCGAAUGUGUUCGAGCUGGCCGAGCCGGACCGCGGACUCGUCGCCAAGGCGGUGGACUUUGUGCGCAAGGUCACGGGAAAGCGCGACUAUGCCGAGGUUGCGCAGCACGAGGCGGCCGCCGAGGCGAGGAAACAGCAGGCGACGCCGAGCGCGAUUUACGCACACAAGAGUGUCGAGGACACGAUCAAAGAUUUCCACACCGAUGCCGUCAAGGGCCUUCCGAGCUCCGCGCUCCCCGGCCUGCUGUCGCAGUACGGCCCGAACGAGUUCGAGCUGCCGCCCGAGGAGUCGUUGGCCCUCAAGUUUGCCAAGCAGGUGUAUGAGAACCCUCUGAUUCUCCUGUUGCUCGGCAGCUCGCUCGUCUCGGCUCUUAUGGGCAACUAUGAUGACGCGUUCUGUGUGGUCAUUGCAGUUGCUAUCGUCUUGACUGUCGGCUUCGUCCAGGAGCAGCGAUCGGAAAAGUCGCUCGAGGCACUCAACAAGCUCGUCCCCCACUACUGCCAUUUGAUCAGGAACGGCCACGCCCACUCGCCCCUGGCCAACACUCUGCUCCCCGGCGACCUCGUCACCUUCUCCAUCGGCGACCGUAUCCCCGCCGACAUUCGUAUUAUCAAGGCCGUCCAGCUCGAGAUUGACGAGUCGGCCCUUACGGGCGAGACGCGCCCCGCGCGCAAGACCACUGAGCAGUGCGUUGCUGGCGAGGGAGAGGACACGCACGGCGAGGGCGGCGGCGUCGCGCUCAGCGAGCGCCACUGCAUGGCCUUUAUGGGUACUCUGGUUCGCAGUGGUCACGGCUCGGGUAUCGUUGUUGGCACUGGCAAGGACUCGGAGUUUGGUGUCGUCUUCGCCAUGAUGCAGGACGUCGAGGAGAAGCGCACCCCUCUGCAGUUAUCCAUGGACGAGCUCGCCAAGCAGCUCUCCAUCUUCUCGUUUGGUGUCAUCGGCCUCAUCGUUCUCAUCGGCGUCAUUCAGUCUCGCUCCUGGAUUGAGAUGUUCACCAUUGGAGUGUCCCUUGCCGUUGCGGCCAUUCCUGAGGGCCUGCCUAUCGUCACCACUGUGACGCUCGCCCUCGGUGUUCUCCGUAUGUCCAAGCGCAAGGCUAUCGUCAAGAAGCUUCCCUCCGUUGAGGCCCUCGGCAGUGUCAGCGUCGUCUGCUCUGACAAGACCGGCACGCUCACAAAGAACGAGAUGACCGUCACCCACGUGUACACUGUCGACGAGCUCCUGGACCUCAACCCCCAGCUCGAGUCCCUCGGCCGCCUCGGUCCCCGCCACCCCGACGUCGCCGCCUUCCAGCCAUCGCCCGCGUUGAAGAAGACGGCCCAGAUCGGCAGCAUCUGCAACAACUCGUUCCGCAAUGAGCAGGGUAUCAACGUCGGCAACGCUACCGAAGUCGCGCUUAUCAACCUCCUCCCUGUCCUCAGCCAGGAGGAUGAGCGCAAGAACUUCGUCCGCAAGAACGAGGUCCCCUUCAGCUCGGAGACCAAGACCAUGUUCGUCACUGGUUCGUUGGACGGCGGCGCCGACAUGGUUUAUAUGAAGGGUGCCAUCGAGUCCGUCCUCGCCCGCUGCAAGUUCUACUACGUCAACGACUCUUCGACCCCCACCCUGGAUGCCGCUAUGCGCAAGACGAUCGCCGACCGUGCACUCGAGGCUGCCAACAAGUCUCUGCGUGUCAUCGGUAUGGCGUACGGCUUUGCCAAGGGCGGCGACGAGGACAACCUCAUCUUCACCGGCUUCCAGGCCAUGCUCGACCCUCCCCGCCGCGGCAUUGCGCCUGCUAUCAAGGCGCUUCACGCAGCUGGUGUCCAGGUCGUCAUGAUCACUGGUGACUCGGAGCCCACCGCCCUCGCUAUUGCUCGUGACAUUGGUAUGAAGGUCACCCCCAGCACACCCGACGGCACCAACACGAGCUGCAUGCUCGGCUCGCAGAUUGACCAGCUGAGCGAGCGUGAGCUCAUUGAGCGUGUUCCUGGCGUCACCGUCUACGCUCGUACUACCCCCAGGCACAAGAUGGCUAUUGUCAAGGCAUGGCAGAUGCGCGGCGGCGUCGUCGCCAUGACGGGAGACGGUGUCAACGACUCGCCCGCGCUCAAGAUGGCCGAUAUCGGCGUGAGCAUGGGCCGCAGCGGUACCGAUGUGGCCAAGGAGGCUGCCGACGUCAUUCUCGUCGACGACGACUUUAGCUCCAUCCUCCCGGCUGUCGAGGAGGGCCGCUCCAUCUUCUACAACAUCCAGAACUUCCUGUCCUUCCAGCUGUCGACCGCCGUGGCCGCCUUGGCGCUCAUCACGCUCUCGACUUUCCUCCACCUGGCGAACCCGCUCAACGCGAUGCAGAUCCUCUUCAUCAACAUCCUCAUGGACGGCCCGCCCGCGCAGGCGCUCGGCGUCGACCCGUCCCGCCGCGAGGUUAUGCGCCAACGCCCCCGUCGCAAGGACCAGAGCGUGCUCAACCGCACCGUGUUCAUCCGCGUCGGCUUCUCGGCCGCCAUGAUCAUUCUCGGCACGCUCUUCAUCUACGCCCGCGAGCUGCAGGACGGCAGCAUGUCGCGCCGCGACCAGACCAUGACGUUCACUGGGUUCGUCUUCCUUGACCUCGUGUCGGCCAUCCAGAACCGCGGCAUCACAACCCCCAUCCUCCGGAACCGCAUGCUCUUCCUUGCCGUCUCGAUAUCCUUCUUCUGCCAGCUCGGCCUCGUCUACGUCCCCCUCCUCCAGCACAUCUUCCAGACCGAGGCCCUGAGCUUCCGCGACCUCUUCACCCUCCUCGCCAUUGCCGGAACAAGUUUCGCCGCGCACGAGGGCAGACGAUGGUACGAGCGCAAACAGGCGCGCGACGUCGUCGAGCAGCACGGCUAUGGCAUGGCGUAAGCAGGUGGUGGGAGGCGAAGAAUAGACUAGACCAGGCGCAAUCGAUGCGCUGCAGAAAAUGCUCAUCUCAAUGCAUAACGAAAACUUGAAUGGA